AUGUUUUGUGUUUUGAAGGAUGAUCCUAAGGGGAUUUCGAAGCGUGGGCCCCGUCGGACCACUCGAUCCUCUGCCCCGGGCGUGGCCACCCAGGCCACUGCCCCGGGCGAGGCCACCCAACAGCCAUCACCCUCAGACGUGACCGAGCUCACCCAACAGCCGAAAGCCUCAGACGCGGCCGAGCCCACCCAACAGCCACAAGCCUCAGACGCGGCCGAGGCCACCCAACAGCCACAAGCCUCUGACGCGGCUAAAGCCACCCAACAGUCACAAGCCUCCGACGCGGCCGAGGCCACCCAACAGCCACAAGCCUCAGACGCGGCCGAAGCCACCCAACAGUCACAAGCCUCAGACGCGGCAGAGGCCACCCAACAGCCAACACCCUCAGACGCGGCCGAGCUCACCCAACAGCCACAAGCCUCAGACGCGGCCGAGGCCACCCAACAGCCACAAGCCUCAGACGCGGCCGAGGCCACCCAACAGCCACAAGCCUCAGACGCGGCAGAGGCCACCCAACAGUCACAAGCCUCAGACGCGGCCGACGUCAGCCAACAGCCAAAAGCCGCUGCCCCAAAGAAAGGAGGUACCUUCGGCGGGCAGAAACGAGUUCCGGCGCACAUCCAAACCCAAGUGGAUACACGUCUUGCGGGCGAAAAGUUCCCCGACUUCUCCGCCCGCUUUCACGACAUUGUGAAAGUGUGCCUGUGUUUCGCUAACACCUGGCUAAAAUGCCAAAAUACCGCACACCGACUCACUAUCUUGCACCUCACGCACGAUGACUACGAAAAGGGAAAGGUGACGGACAAGGCGUAUAAUCGCUCCAUUUUACGCUACAUCGGGACGUUCUCGAGCAAGCAGCUAGGGUCAUGGGACAGGGUGCUGUCGGCAGGAGUGAAGAUGACUGUCCCCCAUCUUCCCUGCUUCGAGCCAUCCUGCGACGCGCGGUCCGACAGCGUUUCCCUCCACACUGUAUCAUCUGGCGACGAAACGGUAGUGUCGGCCGACAACAACUGGCUUGAUAUCGAAAUGGAGGAGGAGCCAACCGAGUUCAGUCCAGGAAAGGGCCUCAUAUUAGAAAUCCGCAAGGAUAGAGCUCCCAAAGACCGACAUGUGCACAACUGGCUACCCUACCACCUAAUCUCAAUCUCCUACAAAGACGAGCACGAUGAAACACGAAUCUGGACACAAAGCUGGAAGGCCUUCCUCAAACUCAACCCUGAACAGGGAAUGAACAAAGACCUAAGGAAAGGGGUGGAGAAGCUGAACAACACAAUACACACGAAAAGCUUCUUGCCAUGGCGCCGCUCUCUGUACAUCGCUCAAUGUCACUCCUAUCUACUGCGCAAGUCGCGCAGAGCAAAGCGCCAGAACCUGAAAGAAGAGCUGGAAGGCGCGCGGGGUCUCAGCUUUGGUCGGUGGAUGUCGAACGCUGUCGUCCUCAGCGACGCAGGGGAGAAGAUAGACGAGUGGAACACCAGAUUUGAGUGGGAAGCGGCAUUCGCCGCUUCAAUACGAGAAUUCCAGGCGGAUACGCUACAAAAACGCAGCGGGUUGGGAAGCGGCUCCAAGUACAGUGUCGUCAUCAGGUCGAAAAGGCAAGGACCCGGCCCGUGCAAGAAGAAAGGUCCGUCCAAGACGAAACGACCUGCCCCCUCCAAGACGAAGCGACCCGGCCCCUCGAAGACGAAGCGACCCGGCCCCUCGAAGACAAGACGACCCGGCCCCGCUACGAAGAAAGCGAAGAAAUCUUGA